GAGUGCCGAAGAAUAUUUUGUGUAAAGCUUUUGAUUGUUAUCGCACAUCGGUCGUCAUAGAUCAAAAUGAUGAAAUUAAAUAAAGUCGUUGCUGUUGUUGCAGUUUUCUUGAUUGGUUUUUGUGGCAAUGUGCUCUGCGACAAUGCAGAAAUGGACAAAAUCAGCGAAUUUUGCAAAGCUAAAGAGAAAGCUACAGACGCCGAUAUGGAAAUGUGGAAAAGUGGAACUGAGCCGAAACCAACAAUUGUGAAAUGUUUGGAAGCUUGCGCUGGAGAACAAAUGGGAAUGAUGACUACUGACAACCAACUUAAUGUGGACGCCGUGAUGAAAGUUUAUGCAGCAGAAAGUAAAGAUGAAAAAGCCAUAGCCAAUAUGAAGGAAGUUUUAGACGAAUGUAAAGCGGUAACGGACAAAGAUCGAUGCGAAUCGAGUGCGAAAAUUCUUAAAUGCAUAAGCGAUGGUUCGCUUAAGCGUGGUAUGAAGCAAAUGUUAUAAAAGUGAAUUUUGAGUUUGUUGUUUUCUCUUUCACAAAUGAAUAAAAAUAUAAGUUCAAUCAGCA